GGCCGACCAGUCUGAUUGCAAAGUACAUUUGCGAACGACGCCUCUGUAAAUGUUGCCGGACUAUUGGUAAUACCGGUAUUGACAUCUUGGUUUUUGAAGUUGUCAGUGUCCAACGUUCAUGAAGAUAGCCAGGAAGUUUACUUCAACUUGAAGUGCCAAGCCAGGUACCGUAGCUUGGCCUGGAGAACUCAGCAGCUUGAACCAUUGGCAUUGGUGUGAUUCGUGAAGGAAGGAAGCACGUCCUGUAUCAUUUGACAGUCAAGCAGUCGCGUUGAUGCGCGCUGUCGUGUAUCACUUUGGCUAGCAGAGUUGUUUGUUUACGGGACAGUAACAAUGAGCCGAGCAAUGGAGGAGGAUGCGGUGGAGAAGACUGAGGAGGAGGAAUUUAGCAUCGGGCCCCUCUCAGUACUGUACAACAGUGUGAAGAGCAACUCUCAAGUCUUGAUCAAUUGUCGAAACAACAGAAAGCUACUUGGGAGGGUGAAAGCUUUUGACAGACACUGCAACAUGGUGCUUGAAAACGUUAAAGAGAUGUGGACAGAGGUUCCAAAAACCGGGAAGGGUCAAAAGAAAGCAAAGCCUGUAAACAAGGAUCGCUUUAUUAGUAAAAUGUUUCUUCGAGGGGACUCUGUCAUCAUCGUUCUGAGAAAUCCUAAGUAGGUGUUCACUAUAUGCCAGAAAUCCAUAGCGAAGACUGCGUUUCUCUAAAAAAGCUUUUAUUCUUUUAUCGUUUGAAGAUUAAUAUAUCCCUAUCGCAUAUUCCUCCGGGCUGAAUCCGAUACUGUUUGCGCAUCAACAGCCUCGAUGGUUUGAACAGGUACGGUCCUA